AGGAGCUCGAGACCAUCUCAAAAGAGAAGGUUCAGUUGGCAGCUGUAGUGAAGCAUUUUAAGUUAGUGGCACAUCCACAGGUGAGGGACGUGGCCAGCUGGGCUGGAAACGUGAUGAUAGCCAAGACCCAUCCGGAUUUCCCCAGUGACAUUUGCUUGUUGCUCAGCACUUUGGGGGCGAAGCUCACCUUGAUGAAUGCCUCCAAAAAGACAGAGGUGGUGGAGAUCAUUUCGUUCCUGUCAGAUUCAAGCUUACCACGUCAGGACCAAGCUCAGAUCAUCCAUAGUGUCACUAUUCCUUUUCCAGGCCCUGACAAUUUCUUGGACACAUUCAAAGUGAUGCGUCGGCACAUGAACACUCAUGCAGAGGUCAAUGCAGGCUUCCUUUUCCAAUUCAAUGGUGGCGCAGAGGUUGCCAGCACCAGGCUGGUGAUUGGCAACAUCGAGCACAAGCCAUUUGUGGCAACAGAGACAUCCAAGGCCUUGCUGGGGAAGAGCCUGGACUCUGCGACGAUCUCAGCAGCCUCGAAAGUCCUGGAGCAAGAAUUGAAGGCCCAUCUCAUGGAGCCAACAGUUCCCGAGCCACCAUUUGUGGUGGUCGAUCCUCAAUAUCGUCUUAGUUUGGCUACGCAGCUCUUUGUGAAGGCGGCGCUCCGUGCGCGAAUGAAUCGCUUGGGCAGCCAAGCGCUCUCUGCCGAUGAACGCUCCGCAGCAGAGGAACCUCAACGCCCGGCCAGCUGCGGAGCACAGCACUUCACUGUCGAUCAUUCUACUGCCCCUGUGGGGCAGCCGAUGGAGAAGUUCCAGGGCUUGGACCAAGCCUGUGGCACCGCCCAGUUCGUGGCAGACACGCCUUUGCUGCCUCGAACUCUUUUUGCUGUGCCUAUCCUGGCGGAGCGCGUGGCUCUCCUGCAGCGCAUUGAUGCGGCUGACUGCCUGGAGGUCACAGGUGUUCACUCCUUUAUCUCUGCGGCUGAUGUGAAAGAUGUGGGAGCUUCCAAUGACCUGAAGACCACCUACCCGGGCAAGAUCUUCGCUGAUGCUGCAGAGAAGACUUCACACUUGGGCCAGUUCAUUGGCCUUGUCCUGGCAGAAAGCUUCGAGGCAGCACGUUCUGGUGCCCGGCUCGUCCAUGUGGACUAUGAGGAAAGCUCAGAAGUGACGACUACCAUAGAUGCAGCCGUCCAGAGAGGUGCAGUGAAGGAGCGACACGGCCUCUUGAGCGUGGGAGCGAAGGUCACUGGCUCACAGACGCUGCAAGGGCGACUGGUAUCUUCGGGGCAGAAGCACUUGUACUUGGAGACACAGACAACCUAUGCAUAUCAUGAUUGCAACGGAGGUUUGGUCUUCAACACGGCCUGCCAAACGUUGGAUUGGGCGCAGACUCAGAUGGCAAAGACCCUCAACAUGCCCAAGAGCAAGAUCACUGUGCAGAACCAACGCCUCGGUGGUGCAUAUGGUGGAAAGGCAAUGCUUUUUGCUCCUGUCUGUGGGGCUUGCGGUGUGGCCGUGCUGAAAAGCAAGCGCCCGGUUCUGCUACAGAUGGACAGGACUUUGGACUUUCGUGCCUUUGGUGGCCGAGCUCCCUUUGAUGCCUCGUGGGAUCUCAGCCAUGAGAAUGGGAAGAUUGUGAGCCUCAAACAGGAAGUGCUGCAGAACGUGGGAACGGACAUGUUGGGCUUCUCCCAAGCGUCCAGUGUGAAUUGCUACAACAUCCCCCACGCGCAACUUCACUGCAAAGGUGUCAUCACAAACCUGCCAGUGAACACCUGGAUGCGAGCGCCUGGUGACUUCGAAGGAGCUUUCAUCAUGGAGGCCAUCAUGGAGCAGGUGGCACGAGCUGUGGGCCGAGAUCCUGUAGAAGUGCAGGAACUGAACUUAGCCGAAGGCAUGCAGAAGGCUUGGCAAAGAUUGAAGGCAAAGGUUGCUUAUGAGGAGACCCGAAAAGCAGUGAAGGACUUUAACAGCCAGAGCCGCUACCGGAAGAAAGGCCUGUAUUGUAUGGGAUCCCGCUAUCAGUUGGAGCCAAACACCUUCAUGGAGAAGUGCUUCCUCAGGUUCCAGUGUGCUCUCGAAUUCACCUCCCAUAACCAUAUUGAUGUCUUCUUGCGGAGGGUCCAUGAUGAUGGUUCGGUACUUCUGGAGCACACUGGCCUCGAGGUGGGUCAAGGCAUUGACACCAAAGCACUUCAAGCUUGCACCAUGGCAUUGCGGAAGAUUGCGGAAGACUUCCAGAUGGAUCAGAUUCAGCUUCGGCUUCCAAAAACCACUGGAGACUUCAGCUGGCGAGGUGUCAUGGGCACCUUCAGCAGUGUGACAUCUGAAACUGUUGUUAGUGCUAUCCUCGAUGCCUGUGCCAAGCUCCAGAAGGAGCUGCAGAAAUGGAUAGCGCCUGGCCGCGGCUGGACAGAGGUCAUCUCCUUGGCUACCAAAGGUGGUGCCCAACUCUCACAGGCCGGUGUCACGGAUCAAGCUGCUAUGGAGAAGUACAGUCUCUUCAGCGCAGGUUGUGCCCAGGUAGAGAUCGAUGUCUUGACGGGUGAGACACAAGUGAACUCCUUCGACUUGGUCUACGACUCUGGAAAGAGCCUGAACCCGGCGGUGGACAUUGGCCAGAUUGAGGGCAGCCUCAUUCAAGCCUUGGGCUUCUCACUCUUGGAGGAGGAAACCCGCGGCAAGGAUGGACGCCUCGUCAAUUGUGGCACCUGGGACUACAAGGUACCAAGCGGGAAUGAUAUCCCAGUACGUCUCGAUGUGGAGCUGUUGCCUUGCCAGACGCCUUCAGCACCUGUUCUGGGAUCCAAAGCUUCCGGUGAGCCUGCACAGCUGCUGGGAGGUGCCUUCUUCUUCGCAGUGAAGGAUGCUAUUGGCUAUGCUCGCGAAGAGCAGGGCCUCUCCCGCAACUUCCGCUUGGACCCCCCGGCUUCGCCCGCCAGGAUUCAGGCUGCGUGCAGCACGCAGCUGUGAAUUUGAGAAUUGGGCGGCAUUGAGAUGUGAGCUAGCAAAUGCAUUAGCCGGCUGCUCCCAAGUGGACACGUGGGUGUCGAUCAAAGACAUGUGUGUUUCCGGAUGCGUUUGACAUCCGCAACACUGCCAGCUUCGGCGAUCCAAUCUGGUUUCUUUUGCGAUUUUCCUCUCCGCUACUUGGGCGUGGAGCUGGGGACAGCGUGAAGCACAAAGCGGCAUUUUGCGAAAA